AUGAUCGAAGGCACCCUUACCACCGUCCACACCACUGCGAUCCAUACCUUCCAGCACUCGCCGUUGCUCUUUCUAUCUGCCGCUCUCAUUCUCGUCACCUUGGUGUAUAUCCUCGCCACCGAGCUCUACCGCGCCCGGGCCCGCAUCCCCGGCUACACCGGCCCACGCGGGCUCCCUGUGAUCGGUAAUCUGCACCAGAUCCGCAGCAAUGCCGCUGAGCAGUACCGACGCUGGGCUCGAAUUCACGGCCCCGUCUACCAGAUCAUGCUGGGAAACGUUCCUGUAAUUGUGGUCAACAGCGCCAAAGCCGCGCGCGAGAUCUUUGGGGCCAACUCGCAGGCCCUUGCAUCACGGCCCGAGUUCUACACCUUCCACAAGGUGGUCAGCUCUACGGCGGGGACAACGGUGGGGACCAGCCCUUUCAGCGAGAGCCUGAAGCGGCGGCGCAAGGGCGCGGCCAGCGCCCUCAACAAGCCGAGCGUCAAUAGCUACGUGCCGCUCAUCGACACCGAGACACGCGACUUUGUGCGCGAGUUCCUCGAGUACGGUGACGCAGGCCGCCGCAAGGUCGAUCCCAUGCCCAUGAUUCAGCGGUUGAGUCUGAGUCUGGCGCUGACGCUCAAUUGGGGCGUGCGCAUGAAGACGCAAGAUGAUGACCUGUUCCAUGAGAUCACUGAGGUGGAGGAGGAGGUCAGCAAGUUUCGCAGCACGACUGGCAAUUUACAGGAUUAUGUGCCGUUGCUGAGAUGGGUGCCUGGCUGGCUGAAGGGCGGAGGGAGUGCGAGGGCCGGUGAGUAUCGCAGAAGACGGGACGUGUAUCUGAAGCGCCUGAAUGGGGAUCUGGAGCAGCGUAUGGCCGAGGGCUGGGAGGGCAAAUGUAUUCAGGCGAAUGUCAUGCGCGAUCGGGAGGCCAGGCUUAAUGCGGAGGAGCUGACGUCUAUCUCAUUGACGAUGCUAUCGGGUGGACUCGACACGCUGACGACGCUGGUGGCGUGGAGCAUGGCGCUACUCGCCGAGCGGCCGGACGUGCAGCAGAAGGCGGUCGACGAGAUCCGCAAAGUCUACACGGCCGAGCAGAUUCUGUGCGACGCCUACGAUGACCAAAGCAUCCCCUACCUCGUGGCGCUCGUGAAAGAGCUGCUACGGUACUACACCGUCCUCCGCCUCAGCUUGCCGCGAGCCACCGUCAAGGACAUCGUGUGGGAGGGCAAGCGCAUCCCCAGCGGGUCGGUGGUGUUCCUUAACGCGUGGUCCUGCAACAUGGACGACACGGUGUGGAAGGACCCGGAGGAGUUUCGACCGGAGCGUUGGCUGGCGGAAGAUGCGUAUGAUGCACCGCUCUUCACCUACGGCCUCGGCUACCGCAUGUGUGCAGGGAGUCUGCUCGCGAAUCGAGAGAUGUAUACUAUCUAUCUGAGGCUGCUCAACGCCUUCAGCAUCGAGAAUGUCGAGGCUGAGGACGGUGGAAAGAUCGACACCCACCCGGUCCGCGGCGUCACGGACCCGACACAGCUUGUGGCCGUUCCGGUCAGGUACAGAGUUCAGGUCGUGCCCCGAGACUUGGAUGGCCUGCGCAAGGCGCUGGCCGAGGACAUCGACGAGAAGGUCUACCAAAAGUCGAAUUAA